UUUUUACAAACAGCAAUGUUCUGAUGCAAGCAAUCUUUCAAAGGAGAAUGAAGAAUUAAAGCAAAAGCUCGAGCAUUUAAAGAACAUACAGAGAAUCAUGGAUUAACCUGCAAACGAGAUGGAUGAUGAUGUAAUAAUAAAAAUAGAAAACGUGCCCAAGCUGCAAACAUACGUGACAGCGAUAAGGAGGGAAGUGAAGAAAAGGUUUGACAAGAUCAAAGAAAUUAGGAAGAAGUAUAUGAAAUUACAAGAACACUUCUCGCAUGUUUCUAUGAGAUACAAGACUUUAAGAGAGGAGUUUGCUAAGCUAAAAGACGCGGAAGAUCGAAUAAUGGCUUAUGAGACCGAGAAACGAACUUUGCAAUCUCAGAUUCUGGAUAUGCUAGCAGACUCACGUAAAUGUGUCUGUGAUAAAGCAUCCGUGGUAAAGCAAGCAGACUUAACAUGUGAUAAUGUUGAAAAAUGUACUGCAGCGGUGAAAAAGUGUGAGGCAAAACUUGAAGACACUUUAACACUCAAAGAGACUGAUAUUGUCGAUUUAGACAGUACCCAAAAUAUUCCACAGAAUGAAAAAUCACAGGGUUCCUUUUCGACGAGGGAACAUGCUAUAAAGAGACAGAGAUCUAGUAACAGUCUUAAGGCUCCUGGUCCCUGAGCCGAGAACUCCGCGAUGACGGUGGCGACAUAGUCGCUAGCGGUAGGAAUAAGAACCCUAUCCUGUCGCCGGCUGAAGUAUUAGGCGUGAAAACUGACAGAUUGACAACACAAUUUAUUCUUGCGUGGAUUUUCGUAAUUAUUUCUUUUACGCUAGUUCUGUUACGUGUGACCUAUUCGUGAAACCCCCAAAAAGCUCCGAAAACUAAGAUUAGCGAGGAAUUCUAAUCGUAGAAAGACAUUUUCCACUCCUUUCGACAGUGUCAAAUCAUGUGUUUUCUUGCAUAAUUUGACUAACUUUGACGUUUACUGUAGAGUUGUUUAUUAGCUGCCAAGGGAAAAGGAUAGUUUACGGAGUCUUUUGGAAGUGUGCUAAAACGGACUAAAGUGUACUUUUGGUCGAAUAUCUUUUUAUUUGGAAAUGCCACGCAAGAAUUCUUGGUGUCAUUUCUCGCUUCUGACGUCAAAAUUCAAUAUGGCCGCAGUGACAACCCAGGAGCCUUAAUAUUCCUUCGAAAGUACCUUCAAUACUUGCGAAAAAAUCGAGAUUUGAUUAACUAAGUCAAGAAACUACCAGUGGCCAUGACAUGAGUUUUGAUGCGAAAUCUGUUGCGCUCAGACAAGCUGUGAAGAAGCCGCCCGCGAAACCUACGAAAGCAGUACACAAGGCAUUCCUAGUAAAUGGCAAGCCGUAUAAAGCACCGAAGCUUCCUCGUCCGAAGUAUUGGGCCACAGAUCGUCUUUAUAGAUUCCUGUGGCGGCGUAUGGAGCCGAAGUACAAAUUGGCGACGAGGGUCAAGUCCGAGAAAUUCGUAAAAGAAUUAGCAGAGAUAGUCUCUGUUAUUGAGCGCCGUAAGAAAUAUGAAAAUUAUGAGGUCGAAUUGGAGGCUCUGUUGAAAGAAAUGAGUCGCUUGAAUAUUAUUACUACUCGUAGUGAUUUUCAUCAUUUCUGUCAGGACUUUAUGCCAUACGAGUUUCGCGUUAAAGUCGUGCCUAUGAUACUGCCUGGUAAUAAAAUGAAUAUACCUUUCGAUCCAGAAAAACUACACGUUCCUUUACUCGGUACCGAAUGAUUAACGCAAUUGAAAACAUAGCUGUAAGAGUAGUCAAAAUAUUCUAUCGCAUUUGCUUUGUUUGUAUUUCUUUUUUUCGAUUUUUCGCAGUUUAAAAUCUCGGAGGUUCAGAUUCUAGGAAUUCUCGGAAGCAACAAUGAACGAGGUAAAUCGAGGCACGAGAUCAAAGAUAUCAACGAAUAUUUUUCUGAUAGUUGAAACAAUCAUGAAACAUGUUCAAAAUUUUCAAACAAUUCUUAAACAAUUGUAAAACCACGUUCUUUUUACUUAUAUUUGCGCAUUUUUUCUUUUUCGUUGGUGCUCCUUUUGGUAAGUUCGAAACAUUCGAUUCUCGUGCCUUUGAUGGUUGAUCCUUCGAUGCUUCUACUCGCACUCUAAGCGAUCAGUAUUGCGUGUUUAUUUACUUAUCCCGGUUUAUAUGUACAUACAUCAUUUGCUUGUACAGCGUUAUAUAUAGACCUAUUGUGAUAUCUUUGCGGAUAUAAAUAUCCAAUCGUUCGUUUUGUACGGUAAUCUUUUUGCCCAAAUAAACACCUUGUUUUUCCACGA